AUGAAAUGGCUAUACGGCUGUAUCAUAGUGCUAGCGGUCGGGUUAUUGUAUUUCCGACCGCUGCUACGUCAUCCAAGGACUGAAAUCGUGAAUGUGUGGACACUAACGUCUUCCUAUACUCCCACUAACUUUCAUAGGUACCGGAAUUGCUCUCUGUCAACAUGCCUUCGAUCUCAACGCUGUAUGCUUGAUUACGGCAGGAUAUCUGUAUACAUUCAGCCGAUAACAAGGGUUGAAGAUGAGGUAGGUUGCAGUUUCACUUGUAGUUGUAGUUUUAUUGAAUUUUAUCUUGAACCAUGA